AUGAAGGGGGUGCAGGAUGAUGCCUCUCUUGCGGCUAAAAUCCAGCUGGCAAUGGGCAUGGGGCUUCUGGCGUUCCUGAGAGAGCUGCGCUUCGCGAUAAUUCAACGACUCCGCGUUUACUAUGCGCAGGACCCAUAUUUUGGAGCUGAGAUAGGGCGUGGUUGUUUCGCCGUAUUUUGCAAGGUUAUUGUGCUUUAG